GAUUUGACGCCAACAGGUCGUGACGAAGCUCCCUCGGGUUUUUUUGUUCAACCGGAAUCAUGUCGGCGCGCACGUUCCUUGGAGGCUAUACGCUUCACCACUUUGAAAAGCCAGACGAGCUUAUUGCUGUCUCUGUCAACGACUCCCUCUUGGAUGUCAUUCGCACCCUUUCCGAGGGCAAUAUCAUGUGUGCACCCGUCAAGAGUGACCAAGGUUACGUUGGCGUGGCUGAUCUCAGCCGUCUUGUCAACAACUACUUUCUCGAUUCGCUUGAGCAUGCUGCCGACAAGAGCAAUGAGGAUCUGACCGGCCUCGCCCAGUUGACGGCACUCAAGUCACUGGACAAGCAACUUCUGGCCAACAGCGGCCUCGGCGUUACCGACGACGUGCAAAUUUUCAAUGAGAAGGAUUCCCUUCUCGAGGCUUGCAAGACCCUGGGCACGAUGAACCAGCACCGCAUCUUGGUGGGCGAUGACCAAGGCAUCCUCGUCAACUUUGUCACGCAGUCAGCCGUCGUGCGGCUCUUGGCCAACAAGCUCGAAGCCUUCCAGCAGACGGCGGCUCGCACCCUUGAGCAAUGUCAUCUGACCACCCCCUCGGAUCUUGUCACCAUCCCUCGCAGCGUGCGCACAAUCGAUGCCUUCAAGAUGCUACGGGACAAGGAGGUCUCCGCUGCACCUGUAGUGGCAGAGAACGGUGCCAUUAUUGGCAACCUCAGCGUCCGCGAUAUCCGUGGGGCGCUGACGGGCAAGCGUGUGUUUGCGGCCCUUCACAAGUCGGUUACCGAGUACAUUGCUUGCAAUGCACCUGACCGUGAGCGCAGCGAGAUGCUGCCCGCCAUCACUUGCUCGAGCCAGACCACCCUGGGUGAGGUGAUUAGCAAGUUGGCCGUGAGCCGCAUCCACCGCGUUUACGUCGUGGACGCAAGCGGCCUUCCCAUUCGCACCAUCACGCUCUCUGAUGUCCUGGCUGCCCUCAUCACUCCCAACGCCGAUUGAGUCGUGAGUGGCGUCUUUCUCAUUCCUUCGCACUCGGUGUGAGUCCGUUCUUGCGUGGCGUUCGCGUGCCAUGUGUGGUUCGGCACCUGCAUUGACCCGAGGAUGGGCUGCUUUUGCGUGUUGCCUUGAUGCAAAUCUUUGUAUGUUUUUAUGAGUAUGAUGGGUUUCACCGUGCUCCAUCAUAACACCUCUCUCCAGCUGUAUGUUUUUUUCCCCUCGAAAUUGAGCACGCACCCCGUUCCGAGCAGGGCGCCAUUCUCGUC